AUGAAGAGCACAAAUAGGAUGAAAACUGAAGCUUUAACGCUAAUGCAUUUAGACGGAAAUAGAAAAUAUCUAGGUACAGGAAAUAAAAUUUACAGAAAAGUUGUUAUCAACCCAACAUCAGAAGAUGACUUGCAAAAAUUCUGUAGAAACUAUUUUAGAAUAUAUAAUUUCUCUUUAUAUAACUUUAUUAGAAGGCUUGUCUCAAUCGAUGCUGUUAUUGUGUAUACGUUGUUUCUGAUCAUCUAUAUAUUUUCAGAACUUGGACAAGGGAUAACAAAAAAGUAUAUUUUUAUAGAUACGGCUAUUUCAUUAUUUUUGAACAUUGCCAUUUUAGUAGUCAUAGAAACUCUUUAUGAGCUAAAACAGCUGAAGGAUAUAAAAGAUGCGAAUUCGCAAUGUUAUCUGAGGAUUGUUCCUAAAAUGUCUCACUUUGAAAAGGUUACGACGAAAGAUAUAAAAGUAGGAAACAUAAUUCGCAUAUUUCAAGGUGACGAAUUCCCAGCGGAUGUCGUUAUCCUUUAUGUUAAAAAUAAUUCAAAUGCCAUGGUCGACUCUUUUAAAAUUGAUGGGUUAUUUAGAAGGAGUAUAAAGUAUCCAUUAGAUAAGUACAAAAUUGACAGGGACUACUUAAAAAUGCUGUCAGAAAUUAACGGAUUCAUUAGAUGUGAACUGCCUAAUAAGAAUAUGUUCUGUUUUCAGGGGAAUUUUAAGUUGGAUAAACAUCCAAGAUCUCUAAUGCUAAGUUAUGAGAACUUUGCUUUACAAUCUUCUAUCCUUAAGGGGGCAGAGUACAUAGAUGCAGUAGUUGUAUACACGGGAGCUGACACAAAAAAAAAUUUAAAUAUUCCACAAAAAAUUGAAGAGAAUAGAACAUUCUGCAUAAAAAUGAACAAUGUAGUAUACUAUUUAAUUUUUAUGUAUUUCUUUUUUGUACUGUUAAGCACUAUUAUCAAGCUGAUAUAUUAUCGAACGCAAGGGUCUCAUCAGAAGACAAAAGAUAACUUUUUAACAGUUCUAGAAGAUUUUAUUGGACUAUAUAUUUUAGUUUUGCCUAUUAUGAUUUACUCGGAGAAGAGCUUAAUAUACAUCAUCCAAAGUUUGAAAAUAGAAAAUGACCUCCGAAUGAAAGAAGGACCACACAGUGAAAAACCUAAAGUUUUUAAUAAAAAUAAAAACGAUGCACUAGGGACUGUCGAUCUGCUGGCAACAGCUAGAAGUGGCAUUCUUGUAAAAAAAAAAGAAAUAUUUGUGUCAUGCACUGUGAACAAUAUUAUAUACGCGAAGGGUGAUUUUGUCUAUUCUCAUAAAGAUUUUCAUUUACCCACUCUGAACAUAUUGGACGGUGAAAGAAAAAAUGUAGCAGAACUUUUAAACCUAGACGAAAGAAUUUUUAAGGACCCAGAGAACUUACUCUUCAAGUCAAGAGACUUAGAACAGUUCUUAAGAAUAUUUGAGAGUCGUAUCACAUCUAUUUACGACCCCUUUGUGGAUGAUUUGUCGAAGAUGCUGAAGGAGAGAUAUAGAAAUUAUUUGAAAAAAGAAAUUUUGAAUAAGAAUGUCAAGCUUACGCCUUUUGUAAAAUCCAAGUUAAGUGGAGGAUACAAACAAUUUUAUGAAAAUUUCGAAAACAGCUAUAACUGUAAAGAAAUAAUCGAAGAUGCUCAAGAAAUCACGGAGCAGUCUAACAGAAUAGAACAAUUCAUUUUGGGAAUAUGUGGGUGUAACAGGAUAAUUAUAUACAAUGAAAAAUGUUUGGAUAGGGAAAUAAAGGAAUAUAAAAGUGAAUGUUAUAAUGAUGCAUAUGCGAGAUAUGAAAAAGAGAAUAAUCAUGAAAUUGGAAAUGAUGAAUAUAAUAAAUACGGGGAAAAAUCUGAUGAAGAACAUUUUCAUACAAUUGAACACGAAGAUACAUGUUUAUAUAACAUUGUAAAGAAUGUAGGAUAUCAUGUGUACUGUUAUAAGAAUAGAUUAUUUUUUUAUAAUUUAAAAAAUGAAUGUAAAGAAUAUUAUUUGAUUUGUUUUCAUGACUUUUUAAAAAGUAAUAAAUUUUCCAUGUGCAUUUUAAAACAUGUAAAAGAAUUAAAUCACGGAAUAUUAUAUGUUCGUGGGUACGAUUUUAACAUUCUUCCCUAUUUGUCUAUAGAAAAAAAUAAUAUAAAAAAAAUUAAAAAAAUUAUAAAGCUAUAUACAAUGAAUUACUUAAAAGUUAUAUUAAUUUGUAAAAAAGUAAUAAAAAAUGAAGAUAUUGGAAAAUAUCUUUUUCUAAAAGAUAUCAAGAAUAGCAAUAACAACAAGUUAUCUUUCAUGUUGUAUGAUUUAUUGAAAAUAUUUUUAUUAAACGAUUUGGAAGUAGUAGGAAUAAUAGGAUUGAAAAAUGAUUUAAAAGAUGGAGUAAAAGAAACUUUUCGCGACCUAGACAAAUUUGAUAUUAGAUCAUGGAUAUUUACAAAUGAAUACUCUAAGGAUACCUACUUAACAGCAUUAGAAUGUAAUUUAAUUACAUCCAAUUCUAACUUUUUUCUAAUCAAUUUUUUUAAUACCGAUGAUUCAGAAAGUAUGGAAAAUAUGGCCGAUGCACUUUUCAAUAAUUUUACUCUUUCCUUGGACAAGCUCAACUCUACAUCCUAUGCCCUUGGAAUAAACGACAAUAGUGUAAAAAAUAUAAUGAAAAAUGCACAGGCCAUGAAAAUGUUUUUAUGUAUGGCCAUGAGAGCUACAGUUGUACUAUUUUGCAAGAUGGACAAUGAAACGAAGGGGAAAAUUAUAAAAAAAGUUCUUUCCCUAACUACCCCCAGAUUGACAAUAUUAGGUGUUGGCUCUACGUUAAACGAUGCAUAUUUACUGAACAACACCACAAUAAGUGUGUGUUUAAAUUUGAAUGAACAAGUUAAUGUCCUUUAUAGCAUAUCGGAUUACAUAUUGCAAGAGUUUAGGUACAUCAGCGAUUUGCUCAUAUUGGGACGGAUAAACAAAAUUUCCCUCAGUCGAUCAUUCCUUUGGAUAAUAUACCUAAAGAUCACAAUAGUCUCCCUUUACUUUUUUCACAAUUUCGACAAUUUUUUUUCUGGAUCAUCCAUUUCUUCCAUUUUGUAUUCUCAAACAACUUUUGCCAUUUUUCAUUAUUUAUUGAUUAUAGCUUUUUCAACAUAUGAAAUAGAUUUACCAUAUAAUUUUAUAAGGAAAGUUCCGUACAUUUAUCAGCUGGCAAGAAGGAAAUAUUAUUUAAACAACACUAUUAUUCUUUUAACAAUUCUGGAGGCUAUUUUGAUUUCAUUUAUCUCGUACUAUAUCCUACGGAUUCACGUUUUCCAUUUGAUAACCCAUAGAACAUUUACCUUCCACAUAUUCAUUCUGAAUUUUUUUAUAACAUCGGAGAAAAUUCUUAUGCUUUCAAAAACAUGGCACUUAUAUUUUUUUGUAUCAGCAAUCAUGAUAAUUUUCCUUUUAUUUGUAUAUGUAAACGUGUAUACCCUAAUUGAUUGUUUGAAAAUAGGGAAAUGCGAAUUAAGCCUUUUUCAUAAUGAAGAUGUGUAUUUUUGGUUGUCACUUUUCCCAAUAUUGUACAUUAACUAUUUUAUUGACAAGGCAGUAAAAUUUGUGAAUAACAAAAUUUACCCCGAUAUAUCUGAUCACUUCCGGGAAAAGCUACUGAAAAGGGAGCAUAAAAAGGACAAUAAAGUACAGACAGAAGAAAGAAAAAAGGGUAAAACAAACGAUGUGGAAAAUUGGGAGGUGAAGGAGCAGACAAAAGGAUCCCUCCAUUUUGAUGAAAGUAAAAAGUUGCGAAAAUUAAUUCCUAUGCCAAUGAGGUAUAGGAUAAAAGACGACAACACAUACUAUAAUAGAUCUAAAAAGACAAAGUUUAUUUAUGAGACAUUUAGAAAAGUUCUAGAUAUCAAUAUAAAGUACCGAAAUCAACAAUUAAACUUGGAAUAUAAAACAUAUGAAAAGAGGAACAAACUAAAAUUGAGGAUUAUAGGAGUUAUUUUGUUUUUUAUUUUUUUUGUUAUAUUGUUAGCACAAGCAAUUGUUUCUAGACAAGUAAAACAUGAAGAAAAUUUUUCUCUAAAUGUCUUAACAUACUUUUUAGUCGCAUAUUACUUAAUAACAACAGUCUGUUUAUUUUACAUAAGGGUAAGAAAUAAAUCAAAUUCGACUCUCUUUUUUUGUAUUGGAAAAUUGGUACUAAUAUGUGGAUUUAUGCUUGAACUGUAUGACAAUAUAAGUAAUGAUGUUAUCAACAUGUUGAUAGCUUAUUCUUUUACAGUUUCUUAUAUAUUUUUUCUAUCAUUUAAAAUAUUAGAAGGGUUAAUAAUUUGCACCAUUGUAUUAGUCUUAACUUUCUGGGUGUACUAUAAUAAGAACAAAAGCUGGGGGUCCAUGUGCACAAAAUUUUGUGAAAACCCUUAUCUGAGUUUGCACUAUUUGGAUCAAGUCAAUAUAUCAUGUCUAUGUAAACAACAAACAAUAACUUUUCUUAUAUGCAUAUUAAGUUUUACGUUUAUUUGCUUAUCUAUGAAAUAUUAUGAAAUUUAUUAUUUAAAGAAGAAAUUUUUAUUUAGGUAUAAACAGAAAGUGAAUUUAGGAAAACAGAUUGAAAUAUUGCAUACAAUGUUACCCAGUUUUUUAGUAGAAUAUUUACUCAUAAGUGAUCCAAAAGCAGAUGGAAUAAUGGUGGGAAAAAAUGUAUCAGGUGAAGAUAGGGGUAUAAUAUCAGUAAUUUUUUGUGAUAUUGAUGAUUUUCAAAGUAUGGUUUCAACAUUACAACCACAUGCACUUGUAGAAACAUUGGACAAUUUAUAUUUAUAUUUUGAUAAAUGUAUAAAAUAUUUCAAUUGUAUCAAGAUAGAAACUGUUUUUGAAUCCUACUUGGCUGCUUCAGGUCUUAGUGAAAAGCAAAAUGAUUGCAUACACAAAAUUAAAUAUGACACCAGGUGUGCAAUCAAGUUGGCAAUAGCACAGUUAAGUGCUAAGUAUUAUAUUUCUUAUAAAGUUUUAGCUUGGAAGAAAGAUGCCCUAAGUGGCAGUAGAAAUGGACAGGACAUAGCCCAAGGGGAUAGUGAUCGUAAGAAUAAUUCCUCAUUUUGUAGCAACGGCGGAGAUGAACUUGUGUAUGACAAACACAUGCAUAAAAAUAUCAGCCUAAGAAUAGGAAUACACACAGGAAAGGCCAUCAGUGGUGUUAUUGGAUCAGUUAAGCCACAAUAUUCACUUUUUGGAGAUACAGUUAAUACAGCAUCUAGAAUGAAAUCUACUGCAGUAAAAGAUCAUAUUCAUGUCUCUUAUGACACCUAUAAAUAUUUAGAGGAUGAUACAACAUUAGUAUGGAAAGAGAGAAAAAUUUUUAUCAAGGGAAAGGGGGAAAUGAAGACUUAUUUGCUUGUAGACAUUUUAGACAAUUCUAAGAAAAUCGAGGAACGUUCGAAUGGGGACCCAUCCAGUUCCACACUGUUUGGAAGAGUCGACGAAAGCAAAGGGAGUGAAGAUCUAGAUGUGGUAAAAUGUGCUCCCAUGGGAGGGAUAGAAGAGGAGAUAAAAUUUGAUCACAUGGGAGAGAUAGAAGAGAAUGUAAAAAAUGACAAUGUGGAACACAUCAAAGGGGGUGUAAAAGAUAGCCUCGUGUCAGAGAAUGAAAUGGUAGCUGAAGUUACGAAGGAUGAUAUAACCCCUAAGACAUGCACAAAAAGGAAGAGGAGGCAGUACGAGCAAAGGAAGAGGCAGGACAAGCAAAGGAAGAGGCAGGACAAGCAAAGGAAGAGGCAGGACGAGCAAAGGAAGAGGCAGGACGAGCAAAGGAAGAGGCAGGCUGAACAGAAGCAAAGAAAGAGAUCGGAAAAAAUAAAUGCAGAUAGCAAAUUAAUUGAAGACGUUUUGGAUAUGUAUCAAAGGGAAGGUGAGCAUCAUAGUAAGGACCACUUGCACUAUUUUAACAAAAGAGAUGAUCUCAGUGAUAUCAUGAGAAGUAGUAGUUUCCUUACAUAUUCGAGAAUUUUUAAUCAUAGGACAUCGAAAUAUCUCAGUUUUGGAAAGUCCAAAUUAGCACAUAAUGUGAGAAGAAAGGAAUCAUAUGACUUGGAAUCACCAGUAAGUUUAAGAAACGAAAUGGUUGAGGGAAAAAAUGAGUCGAGUGAUUUUUUUACAUCGCCCUAUGUGCAAGAUAUGAAUCUGAUAGGUAAAAUGAGAAAGAGAAGGGAGAGAAAAGGGGUAAAAAAAAGGGAAAAAAAAGAGAAAAGAAAAAGUAAAGCCUAUGUAACGGAGUGCUCCUCAGAUUUCAUGCAUCCAUUUGAUACGCCAGAUAAUCUCAUAAAAAGUUACAUUAAAGAGAGAAAGAAUUAUCAAGGGAAAUUUUAUUCGCCUAAUUUUCACAUUUCUAACAUUCUGAAAAACUCUAAUGAGUAUAAAAGAUCCAAAAAAGAAAAAGAGAAGGAAAAUAAGCGUAGACACAUACAUGAGGAAGAAGGAGUGUCUUACAAUUUUGUAAAUGGAAGUUUUACCUCUAACUAUGAAUGCUCCAUGGAAUCGGAUUUUUAUGAAGAAAAAUUAAUGAAAAACAAAAAAUUCAUAAAAUUUGAUGAUCUAUUCACCAAAAUAUAUAAAAAAAAGAGAAAUUUACUCAAAAUGGAUAUUCAACACAUACCAAGGAACAUGUUCUACCCACCUAGAAAUAUAAAAACAAAAAUAAAAAGGCAGGAAAAAAAAAAAAAAAAUUUUUACGAAAAUGGAAAUUUCUCAAAUAAUGAUGAACAAAAUAGGAGUUCAAAUGUUGGGGGGCAUAUACAUUUUUUUCAUCAUUCAAAGCAUCAAGCAGAAAGAAAGGAGGAACACGCAUCAGCACAAAAUAGUAACAGCAGUUUUUGUGAAGGUGGAAGACCAUGUUACUCUUAUUCCAAGGAGAGCUACAUGAGGGAAAACCUGACAGAGGAACGUGAAUACAAUAAUCUCUAUUUGAAACGAUAUAACCCUUCUUUACGUACAAAUUUUUGUAAUCAUUUGUUUAUAGAAGGAAAUGAAGAGGAUGUAAACAAAAUGGAAAAUGUACAUGUGGAGGAAAAUUCACAAAGCAGUUAUAACGAAUAUGUCGAAUGUAGGACCGGUAAAACGAGUUACAUCCGGAGUUACAGGUCAUUUACAACAUCUCACAGUGGUGACAUUAAUGAAAAUGAAGAGGAGGAAACAAAAAGGAAAAGAUUUUUUGGAGAAGGUGUGCUGCACGGAUUCUAUGUGGGCAGUGAUAUAUCAGCACAUGAAAAGAAAAAAAAAAACAAAAAAGAAAGCCAAAAAGACAGAGAAGAAAGCCAAAAAGAUAGAGAAGAAAGCCAAAAAAACAGAGAAGAAAGCCAAAAAAACAGAGAAGAAAACCGAAAAAACAAAAAAAGUCCAGGCGAAAUCAAAACAACCACGAAUGAAUGUGCAGAAAGGGAGAUGUACUCAACGAAAUUUAGUGAAAACGAUUUUCUUAAAAAGAAAGGAGUAAAUUUCGGCGAAGAGGAGGAUAAAUAUCGCAGAAUGUCUAUUGGUGAUAGGCAAGAUGGAGUUCCAAGUAGGCAUGACCAAACUGAGGGAAGUCUAAAAAAUGAAAAGGUCAAAAUGAAUGAAAAAAAUAGAAUUCAAAAAAAAAUAAGUUUUUAUAGUUUGAAAGAUGAAAAAAGCAUGAGCUCCCAAGAUUUUCGAAGAAACAGUUCCUGUGCUUUAAAGUCGAACGAAACAAAUAGUGGACAGAUUGUUGAUGGAAAGAAGGGUCAUUUCUUCACAUAUAUCCCAUCACUUAAAAAAAAGAAAAGUUUUUUUACAAAAAUUAAUCAUAUAUUUAAAAGUUAUUUUAAAAGUAUGGAAAUAAAUGACAAAUCACAAUCAAUGAAGCAUAAACUUGAGAACACAAAAUCACCACUAAUUAGUACUCAACAAAAAAGUGAAGAACUUAUUAAAACAUGUACAACUGUUAGUAAUAAAAAUUUAGAUUUUGCAAAUAAAUUCGAUAACUAUAAUAAAAAUAAGCUUUUAAAAAAGUUGACAUCUACAUUACAAUUAAAUAAAAAAAGUGUAAGCAAUUUUAAUAGAUUCUACUAUAAAUUUAAUGAUGAAGAACUAGAAGAAGAAUAUACGAGAGGAUACUACAGAGAAAUAAUAAACAUUGACUUAACAAAAAAGUUAAUUAUUAUAUUUAUCAUUUCAGAAAUGAUUUUAAGUUUAUGUAACGUGAUAGAAUUAUCCUACUAUGAUCAUAAGUUAAAGACUAAUGAUUUCAUUGUAAUUAUUUGGCUUAUAAGAUGUAUAUAUUUAUUCAUAAUAACAUUUAUAUGGCUCUUAUUAAAAGUGAAAUUGAAGGAAUAUAAAAAUAAUUCAAGUAAAAUGAUGUGGACAAUUUUUAUUUUAAAUAUAUUCUUAUCAUCUUGGUGUAUUAUAAUUAUUGAUUUAUCAUGCAUACAUUAUAGCAAUCUUGUUGGGAAUUCUAGUGAUAGAUCAUUAUUUUUUAUGAAAGACGCAACUGAAUUGAUUAUUUGCAUGCAGUUGAUAUUUAUUAAAAAUAUGUUAUUUAAGCAUAAAUUUUUCUUUUUUAUCUUUUUUUUUGUUUUCCUUAUUUAUUCCUUUUUUAAACUGUUCAAAAUACAUAUAUGUGAAAUUAGAAUAUGUUGUAGUAUUCUUUUAAUUCUUUUUAUUAACAUCUUAUAUUUUUGGUAUUCAGAAUAUCUAGAUAGAACCCAAUUUGUAGUUAAGAGAAAAAGAAAUCGAAUGGAGAAAACAUCACAUGAUUUUCUAACAAGAAUAUUACCAAGACAGGUUUUGGAAGAAUAUCAAAAUGAUAAUUUGCAGUUAACAUAUAAUCAUGAAAAAAUUGCAUUUUUAUUUGCUGACAUCGUAGGUUUUACAAGAUGGAGUAAAACAGUUGCUCCUAAAGAUGUUCUAAAAUUAUUACAAAAAUUGAUAUCAAAAAUAGACAAGGAUACAAUCAAAUUGGGACUAUACAAACUUUUUACCAUUGGGGAUGCCUAUGUCGCUACUAGCCAACCCAACUCUUCUGUAACUGAUCAAAGUGAAGUUGUGGACGGCAUACUUAACAUUUUUAAAUUAGCUAAGCUUAUUCUUCAUAAUAUUAAUACAAUCAAAAUUCAGUUUAAUAAACAUGAUUUCAGUAUGCGGAUUGGGCUGCACUACGGUUCCUGUGUCGGUGGGAUCAUUGGCUCGGUUAGAAUCAGAUAUGAUAUGUGGGGAUUAGAUGUACUAAUAGCUAACAAGGUAGAGUCUAAUGGAAUUCCUGGAGAAAUUAUCUGCUCUGAACAGUUCAAAAAUUUCUUCCUUAAUCACGAGCCACAGGCGAAACUCAACUUUUGGUAUUAUAAAACCAUAUACAUAAGUGACAAAGAUGUUAAGUUGUAUGUUAUAGAAGACAAAAAUUAUGAGGAAGAUUAUGACCCUAAGGUGAUAGACUAUGAAAUGUUAUUAAAACUGCGAAGGGAAAAAAAAAAAAAAAUUUUAUUGAAUUGCUUGGACAAAUGA